CAAAAAUCGAGUCCGGGAGGGAGUAGCAUCAGCACUGGCGGCGGCAGUUCAUCGAGGGCUUACUUAGACGCUCCGCGCCUCGCCUUGGUUCUCGCCGGAAAAUCGUCUCUCAAUCCGUCCGUGUCGGCGGAGAAAGAAGAUUACGGAAGGUGGGGAAGAAGGUAAGGGCCUCUGACCCCUCCUUUCUUCUGCCCCCCUUUUCGUCUGUAAUUUUUUCGCGGGGGUGGCCAUGGAGUUGGAUCUGGACAUAGCAACUACGAGAAAGAAAUUAGAGGACGAGGUGCUCGGCACUUGGCUUUGGGACAAGGAGCUGGACUCCAUCGUGAAGGAGCAGCAAGAGCGAGACGAGGAAGGCAAUUACGAGUACUACGAGCCGGACGAACCACACGAACCAUACGACGAUGAAGAAGAGGAGCUCCAUUACGGUUCAGCGGGAUACGGGUACAUGUUCCGCUACGAGGACGGACACCCCUUUUACGCCGCCGACAUGGAGGAUAGAUGGGAGAAUCAGAUGCAGUUUCCUCCCAUGCCCACCGCCGAGAAAUCACAUCCCUUAUCGAGAGUAUGGAAAGGGUCCCUUCGUGUCGAGGGCCCGUGUCAGCUCGAUUUAAAUCUGGUAUCUACACAAAGCUUGUUGCCUCCAUUGCCAAUAUGGGAAAACCGUUGGGUGAACAAAAAGGAGAACGAGCCUUGUCGACGGGCUAUCCAAGUAUUCAGUUUGAAUUUAUUGCCUCCUCGUGAUGACACGGUUGAGAUCUAUGGUAUGUUUGCAUUCCGAGAUAUACGAAACCCCGGACUACGGAAUAUUGUCUUUGAAUACCCAAGAGACAAACCAUGCAAGCUUAAGCCGGGUGCUUCCAAGCUUCAACCUCUACUUACCGCGCAUCAAGGCAUCUAUGCGGUUGGGCUUGUACUAAUUGAAUAUCUUUUACUAAUUAAGGAUGAAGAACGUGAAAACGAUAAGGUAUUAAUAGACGGAUAUUCUGUCUAUGCGCCAUCAUUCUAUGCAGACUAUGAAAGGCUACAUUGGCACAUCAAUACUGGUCACCAUGGCAGCGUCGAUCUGAGAAUGACCACUAUCCCGAAAGCAGUAUUGGCUGUGUUGGAGUGUGAGGUGCACAAUCUUGGGGACAAUUUGUUUGAUUGGCUUACAGUAACCGCGGUUUACCGUACCAUGCACCAGGGUGCUUUUCCAAUCUUCAUAGGGAAGUUGAGUGUUUGCAAGCUGCCACCUGUCACAGUUAGUGUGAAUUACAGCGAGCAUUUGACAAUACACUUAUACACGCACAAUAGUCACCUGGAUGAUGAUAAUUCCCAUCCUGAUGGUGUUGUUGGUGACUAUAAUUCACCCGGUCGUUUUGAUUACGACAUUGAGGACAUCAUAACUGACAAUCUGUGGUUUAAGCCGCAGAAGAGUGGAAGCUGUACAAAAAUAUCAAGUGAUAUGUAUGGCCUUGUAAUGUCGGUGAAGGUAACAUGGUCUAGCUUGUGGGAGCCAUGUAAAUAAGAAUCAUGUUUCCAAAGUUUGUAUACUUUUAGAAGAUGCGAUUUUGUAGUUAGUGUUGACUAGCUUAAAAGAAUCUUAAUGCUUAGUGCAUUUGGAGAUGAGCCUCUGCUACGUAUUUUCUUAGGCUCCGUGCAAGUCAGUUUCUUCCUUUGAUUCA